AUGUCGGACAACAAGGUCUAUCGCGCCAGCACCACGGCGCCUGUCAACAUUGCUGUUGUCAAGUACUGGGGCAAGCGCGACCCGAAGCUCAACCUCCCCACCAACAGCUCCCUCUCCGUCACCCUCUCCCAAGCCGACCUCCGAACCCUGACGACCGCAUCCUGCUCCGCCUCCUACCCCGAAGGCGAUAGCCUCAUCCUCAACGGCGAAGCCUCCGAUGUCUCGGGUGCCCGCACACAGGCCUGCUUCCGCGAGCUGCGCGCCCGCCGCGCCGCCCUCGAGGAGCAGACCCCCUCCCUCCCGAAGCUCUCCAAGCUGCCCCUGAAGAUCGUCACCGAGAACAACUUCCCCACCGCCGCCGGACUCGCCUCCUCGGCCGCCGGCUUCGCCGCCCUCGUCCGCGCCAUCGCCGACCUCUACGAGCUCCCCGAGUCCCCCUCUGAGCUGUCCCUGAUCGCGAGACAGGGUUCCGGCUCCGCGUGCCGCAGUCUGUUUGGCGGAUACGUCGCGUGGAGAAUGGGCGAUAAGGCGGACGGUACGGAUUCCAAGGCUGAUCUCGUUGCCGAGGCGUCGCACUGGCCCGACAUGCGCGCCCUGAUCCUGGUCGUCAGCGCGGCCAAAAAGGGCGUCUCGUCAACUUCUGGCAUGCAGCAGACGGUUGCGACGUCGGGCCUGUUCAAGCAGCGCGUCGCUGAGGUCGUGCCGAAGCACAUGGGCGAGAUGGAGGAGGCCAUCGCCAAGCGCGACUUUGAGAAGUUUGCCGAGGUCACCAUGCGCGACUCCAACUCGUUCCACUCCUCGUGCGCGGAUACCUACCCUCCCAUCUUUUACAUGAACGACAUCUCGCGCGCCGCCAUUCGCGCCGUGGAGCAGAUCAACGCUGCUGCUGGAAAGACUGUUGCCGCGUACACCUUCGACGCGGGCCCGAACGCUGUCAUCUACUACCUUGAGGAGAACGCCGCCGCUGUCGUCGGUGCUUUCUCCCCUAUCCUGGGAUCCGUCGGUGGAUGGAAGGAGGGCGCCAAGGAUCUCAAGUCCUCCGUGACCCUGGACGAGACUGUCGCUGGCAUCAUCCAGAGUGGCGUCAGCCGUGUCAUCCAGACCGGCGUUGGCGAGGGCCCUAUCAAGUCGGACAUUUACCUUGUUGGUGAGAACGGCGAGCCGAUUCAGGCGUAA